CUCAUGCUCAGGCUCCCAGUGCCGGACUUUUCCCUGCCAGGGGCCAGCUGCGGAGCGCUCACACCGCGCGAGAGGCGUCAUGUCAGGCAGACCGUGGAGGUGUUUGUUAGGAGAGGAGGAUGCUGCUGCUGAUGGUGAUUUCACCUCCUGGAUGUUGAUAUUCUAACGGGAUCAUCAUCCUGUUUACUUCCUGCCACCGGAUCCUUUACCUCAGAUCAAGUCUGGGAAGCAAUAAAAAAGGAUUUCUUUUCAUCUUUACUCGCCGCUGGCUGCGGGGAUGAAUCUGUAGUGUUUUAAACUAAGUUUAUUCUCAUUUUUCAGUCAAACAUGUCAGCCUGCAGGUAAAACCACUGCUCCCUUUUUAAACACCUUCCUCGCCGAGGUUACAGGUGGGUCACCUGAGCAGACCCUUCAUCAUGGAUCCUCCGCAGCGGAGCGGAUCAUCACCAUCCUCCGGGAGGUGGAGCAUCCACCUGGGGAUGCUGCUGAUGCUGCUCCAUCUGCUGCUCCACGCAGGGCAUUCAGCGGCGCUGCGCUCCUGCCAGAAGAGCUGCUUUUCAGGGAGCUGCGUGAACGGCAGCUGCGUGUGUGAGCACGGCUGGGUGGGGGAUGAGUGUCAGCACUGCCAGGGAAGGUUCAGGUUAACAGACCUGUCGGGUUCUCUCACAGAUGGUCCAGUCAACUAUAAAUACAAGACCAAAUGUACAUGGCUAAUAGAGGGAUAUCCCAAUACAGCCCUCAGGCUUCGCUUCAAUCACUUUGCCACGGAGUGCAGCUGGGACCACAUGUACGUCUACGACGGGGACUCCAUUUAUGCCCCCUUGAUUGCGGUGUUCAGUGGGCUGGUGGUGCCAGAGAAGAAAGGGAAGGAGUCCGUACCCGAGGUGGUGACCACGUCUGGAUACGCCCUGCUCCACUUCUUCAGCGAUGCUGCAUACAACCUGACUGGUUUCAACAUAGCCUACUCGAUAAAUUCCUGUCCCAACAACUGCUCAGGCCACGGCAGAUGCAGCGCUGGGAACUCGGUGGCGGGUCGUGUUUACUGUGAAUGUGAUGAGUACUGGAAAGGAGAGGCCUGUGACAUUCCCUACUGCAGGGCCAACUGUGGCAGCCCGGAUCACGGCUACUGCGACCUGACCGGAGAAAAGCUGUGUGUCUGCAACGACAGCUGGCAAGGACCCGACUGCACCCUCCCUGUUCCCUCCACAGAGGCCUUCUGGAUGCUGCCCAGCAUCAAGCCAUCGGCUCAGUCUCUGGGCCGGGCCUCCCACGCCGCCUUGGUCCACUCUCGGUUGAUGUGGGUGGUAGGAGGCUACUCCUUCAACUACUCCAACUACCACAUGGUGCUCAAUUACAACCUGGACACCAGCGCAUGGGACGUGGUGCCAGUCAGCAACGGACCUCUCUACAGAUAUGGACACUCUCUGGCUCUCUACCAGGAUGACAUCUACAUGUUUGGUGGAAAGCUGGAGGGGGGGCCGGCCAACAUCACAGACGAGCUGUGGUUGUUUAACAUUCCCACUCGUACCUGGUCACCACGGAAACCAGCUCCUCUUUAUGCUGUGGAGGGCCACACAGCUCAUGUGGUGGAGCUGUCCAAUGGCGACCCGGUGAUGCUGAUCUUCUUCGGCUACUCGCCCAUCUACAGCUACAUCAAUAAGGUUCAGGAGUACAACAUCAGGUCAAACUUGUGGCAGGUUGUGUCUGUUGGAGGCGCCGUGGUUCAGGGAGGUUACGGACACAGCAGCGUGUACGAUGAAGCCAGCGGCUGUGUUUACGUCCACGGGGGAUACAAGGCUCUGAGCAACAACAAAUACGGCCUGGUGGACCACAUGUACCGCUACAGCGUUGGCACCAGAACAUGGCUGAUUCUCAGGGAGAGCGGUUUGCCGCGGUACCUCCACUCAGCGGUGCUGCUGAGCGGGACGAUGCUGGUGUUUGGAGGAAACACUCACAAUGACACGUCUCUAAGCAACGGAGCAAAGUGUUUUUCUGCAGACUUCCUGGCAUACGACAUAGCUUGUGAUAAAUGGACAGUCCUUCCUAGACCAGGGCUGCACAGGGACGUCAACCGCUUUGGCCACUCUGCUGUCGUCAGCAAUGGCUCCAUGUACGUCUUUGGAGGCUUUUCGGGUCUGCUUCUGAACGACGUGCUGUCCUACACCCCGCCGUCCUGCCGGGCCUACUCAUCCCCGUCUGCUUGUUUAGCAGCCGGGCCUGGAGUUCGCUGCCACUGGGUGGAAAGCAGAUGCCUCCCCUGGGAAUCCAAACAGCAUGAUCCCAUCGUUCCGGCCCCUUUUUGCCCUGCACCACCCGAAAGCACAGAUGAACAGUGCAUCCACUUCUCCGACUGCGCCAGCUGCACGGCCAACAGCCGGGGCUGUCAGUGGUGCGAGGACAGGAAGUGCAUCUCUGCCUUCAGUAACUGCACCGUGCUGACUCUGGAGCUGGCCCAGCAGCAUGGCGGCGCUCUGUCUCUGUCUCCUCCUCCAUCCAUGUUGUCUGAACAUCAGCUCAGCUUGUGGAAACACGGAGCGCGAAGGAGGGGACAUUCGGUGAGAGAAUCAUCCAGAUGCAAACGCAGGGAGGAGCAGGAGUGUUUCCGACGGGCCAACUGCAGGAGCUGCUCCCAGAACAGCAACUGUCAGUGGGAGGCGCAGCAGCAGGAGUGCCAGGCGCUGCCCGGCCAGAUGUGUGGGGACGGCUGGUACCAUGUCGGGGAGGCCUGUUUGCGGAUCAACACCAGCAGGGAGAGCUACGACAACGCUCAGCACUACUGCAAAAACCUGGGAGGAAAUAUAGCCUCUCUGCUCACAGACAAUCAAGUCAGCUUUGUUCUGGAGGAGCUGCAAAAAUAUCAGCUGGAAAACCAGAGGUUAUCUCCAUGGGUGGGCUUGAGGAAGAUCAACGUGUCCUACUGGGGCUGGGAGGAUACAUCACCGUUUACCAACACUACUCUGCGUUGGUUACCCGGGGAGCCCAGUGACUCGGGAUUCUGUGCCUACUUGGAGAGGGUGGAGACGGCCGGACUGAAAGCCAACCCCUGCACCGCCACCACAGAUGGCCUGAUCUGUGAAAAAUCCGCCGGGAGUCCUCAGAGUCAAAAUGCUCGUCCUUGUAAGACGCCCUGCGCUCUGCGGACCACCUGUGCCAACUGCACCAGCCAAGCCAUGGAGUGCAUGUGGUGUGGAAGCACCCAGCGCUGCGUGGACUCCUCAGCAUACAUCAUCUCUUUCCCCUACGGUCAAUGUAUGGAGUGGCAGACUCAAGAAUGCUCCGCACGGAACUGCUCUGGCCUCAGAACCUGCUCCGAGUGUCUGGGGAGGGUUGAGUGCGGCUGGUGCGGCGAUCCCAGCAACACCGGUAGAGGGGUGUGCAUGGAAGGUUCCUACCGGGGCCCCCUGAAGCCCACAAACUCAAGGUUUGGGUCCAAAGUGCGCGACCGGGACAUGGUGGUGGAUCAGAAUCUCUGCUCAUCUGACAGAGGCUACAACUGGGCCUUUAUCGAAUGCCCUGCGUGUCAGUGUAACGGCCACAGCAGGUGUGUGAACAGCAGCGUGUGCGAGCACUGUGGGAACCUGACAGCAGGGACACACUGUCAGACCUGCAUGCCUGGUUAUUAUGGAGACCCCACCAAUGGAGGGAAGUGUAACGCCUGCAAGUGUAACAGCCAUGCCAAUUUGUGCCAUGUCAGCUCUGGAAAAUGCUUCUGCACUACCAAGGGCGUCAAGGGAGACCAGUGUCAGCUAUGUGACUCAGAAAACCGAUACCUUGGUAACCCCCUCCGUGGAACCUGUUAUUACAACCUGCUGAUUGAUUACCAGUUUACCUUCAGCCUGCUUCAGGAGGACGACCGCCACUAUACCGCCAUCAACUUUAUGGCCACUCCGGAACAGGCCAAUAAGAACCUUGACAUGUCCAUCAAUGCCUCAAACAACUUCAACCUCAACAUUACCUGGUCCCUCAGCUCAACAGCUGGUACCAUAUCUGGAGAAGAGAUGUCCAUCAUCACAAGGACUAACAUCAAGGAGCACAGGGACAGCUUCUCAUGUGAGAAGUUUAACUUCAGACUUCACCAGAACAUCACAUUUUACGUGUAUGUGUCCAACUUCAGCUGGCCAAUCAAGAUCCAGAUCGCCUUCUCUCAGCACAACAGCAUCAUGGACCUGGUUCAGUUCUUCGUCACCUUCUUUAGCUGCUUCCUGUCGUUGUUACUGGUCGCCGCUGUGGUUUGGAAAAUCAAGCAGACCUGCUGGGCUUCACGGCGUAGAGAGCAGCUGAUGAGAGAGCGGCAGCAGAUGGCCAGCCGUCCCUUCGCAUCGGUUGCUGUGGCGCUGGAGGUGGGCGGCGACCAGGAGGAGCUGCAACAGGCGGUGCCAAAGCCCGUCGCCAUGGAGCCGUGUUGGGGGAGCCGAGCAGGAGUUCUCACUGUCCUAAUGCAUCUCCCAAGACUCCCCUCUGGAAUACCUCCACCUGGACAGUCUGGUAUUGCAAUAGCAAGCGCUCUGGUGGACACGUCCCAGCAGCGAGUGGUGGACUUGAAAGAUAGAAGCCUGGGUCUGAAACACAGGAAGCACAUUGUACACCAUCAGGGAACUUGUGUAUGAAAAAUGUGACCCUAUUCACCCCCCUGCGCGCCCUGAAAUGUGGACUUUGGACUAUCGGCUUCAUAUGAUUGACAUGAAAGUAAAUAUGGACUGCAAAUCCUGGAGUCAAAUGUACUGGCCUUCCCAUUUUCCCUGUUUUGAUCGCAUCUGUUUAUGCAAGAAAAGGCCAUUUUUCUAAAUCACUGAACCAAACUAAUGUAUCAAGAGCUCCAAUGAGAUGGUAAAAUAAAACCCUCUUGACUUAGAAGUCACUUUGGCGCUUUAUUCAAAGUCAAAACCAAACUGCUGUUAAACUUUAAACUGUUUUUUUUUUUUUUUGCAUUUAUGUCCUCUUGAUCCAUGGAUGUAACAACUGAAUUUGUUCUUUUUUGAUACUAUAUUCUGGUGUUUUUUCUCCCUGUGCCGCCUCUCUAGGUGUAGAUUUUGUAACUGCUCAGGUCCUCUGUGAUCGAGAGGCUCCGUCUGAAUGCACUGAGACCAAAAUGCUUUAUCCGUACGCCCUCUGAGGGGUUGUUUUAUGCAAUCACGAAGCUACGUAACCCCACAUUUCUGUUGAAUAAGCCACUAAUGGUAUCCAGCAUGAAGAUUCAUUAAUUGCUUUACUCUCUUCUGUUUGAUUGUUACAUAUCAAAACAUGAACUAUUUAUCAAUUAUGCAAAAUAAAUGUAAACAGUUGAGCAGUUUUUACAAAUACUCUUUUUUAACUUGCAAUCUGAAACUGAUAUGAUGGAAUCUGUAGAGUUUAAAACCAUCUGGCUCUUUCUCAACUACAUAAAUAAGCAUACUUUAUGCAAAUCAAUGAAAGAUUUGUAGGAUGUCAAACAUUUCUUUGUAUUAAGCUCGUUAAAUCCUUCAGUCGAUGUUGUAAAGUCAGUUAUGAACUGCAUCAAUGAUGUAAAGUUACAAUAGGACUUGAUAAAACCUGUAUUGUAUGUAUGUAAUUUUGCACUGGAUUGACGCUGAGAGUCGGUUUAACAAAUGGCAGCUCACAAAACUGUUUUUGUCCCUCUGAGAAAAAAAAAACUGUACAAUUAAAACCUUUUGAUGCUUCUUUGUA